AUGGACGGCGCAACUCCCCUCCCAGCCGAUUUGAACCGUGGCCCCGAGAUUCUAGGAGUCUGCGGGGCCAUGGUUGGCCUUGCUCUGGUCUUCGUGGUGCUGCGUGUGUAUGUCAGGGUCGCCAUCAUCCGACAGCUGGGCUGGGAUGACUAUUGUAUGAUUGUUGCCAUGGCCGUCAUGUUCGCAGAGAUGAUGGUCAUUAUACCGCAAGUUGGGUACGGAGCCGGCCGCCAUGUCGAGUUUAUCGAACCCAAGUCCAAUGUGGUCGAAGGCUUGCGUCUCAACUUUGUCACACAGCCUCUCUGCUUGAUAGCCCUGUGCCUGACUAAAGUCAGUGUCGGGCUGUUUCUGCUGCGAAUGACUCCCUCCGCCAGGUUUAGAAAGUUUAUCCUGGGCGUGAUGGUUUUUACCGUCUUGUCGGCUACAGGCAACCUCCCUUAUGCUUGGGACAUUUCGAUUCCCAACGGCCAAUGCAUCCCACCGGCUCACCUCAAAUUCGCAGCCUUCUUCAACUCGAGCGUCUCGGUUGUGACCGACUUUAUUUUCGCUGUGCUGCCGGUACCGAUCCUGUGGAAUGUUCAGCUCAACUGGAAAGUCAAGUCCGCCGUGGCCGCCAUCUUGUCGUUGGGCAUCUUCGCUACGGCGGCAGCCAUUGUGAAGAUUACGUUCCUCGGCCAGUACGGAAAACACGGAGACUUCCUCUUCGACAGCUCCGAUCUCACCAUUUGGACCACCGUCGAGAUCUGCACCGCAAUCGUCGCAGCCUGCAUCCCCUGCCUCAAACCCCUAUUCAAAGCCAUGCUGCGCGGCUCGUCGGCCGACAAGUACCCUACCGGCUACAAGAUCAGGAGCGGCUACACGCGCAACAACACGACGGAUCUGGACACCAGGCCCCCGCGCUCCGAUUUCGGCAACAUUGAGCUGUUCACCCGCGCCAGUACCAUACACGAGAUCCAUGGUGGGUUUGGGCUCAAGAGCGGAUCGGAGGAGAGCAUCAUUCCCCAGAAGGAUCUCGGGGGAGACGGCAUUGUCAAGACUGUCAAUAUCUCCGUCUCUGUGGAUGAGGAGCGGAAGAAGCCGAAGGAGGUCCUGUAA